UUGAGCUUGUUCCGAAAUGAACAACAACAGAAAUGAAUGUAAACACGAUUAGCUGAAGGAAGGGCGCCUCUGUAAAGCAAAGUGGACGCAAAUACCUAACGUUAAGUACUCAACAUGAACAAAGAUAACUCCAGCAUGCAAAUGGAUCCGGAACUGGCGUUACGGCUGCUCGCAGACGGCGCCGUUUUGGCCAUAGCUGGCGUUCCGGUGGGCACGGAGUUCGGCAUUGACUUGUGCGCCUAUACGAUAGGGCCGGAUUUUCGCGGCGUCAAGAUGAUACCACCUGGCGUGCAUUAUGUGUGGUGCGCUUCUCGCGGGCCCUAUGGCGACGCGGCGCCACGUGUUGGUUUCGUGCAUUUCUUCCAUCCCAACGAGAUACUCGUGCGCGAAUGGGACAAUGAGCUGGAGGAGCUGCGUCCACGUCAGACAGCGGAUCCGGAGCUGGAGCGUGAACGCAUACGUAAGAAUCUGGCGCAACUGGAGCGCGUGCUGGCGCCCUACGACUAUCGCUACGUGUGCCAGUGGAAGGAUCUGACGGGCAGCGUAACCGAGCCGUGUGUAAAACGCUGCCAGCCCGAGCUGGGCACAAUACGCACCAACAUUGAGCUGCAAUCCUGCACGAAUGCAGACAGGCCACGCGGCGGCGCCGACAGCAUCAGCAGACGCAACACAGCUGCCAAACUGCUGUUGGACGAAAGCGAUAUGCUGCCCCAUCUGAAGCCCGUGGAGGGCACAGCGCCGCGUUUCUGUGUGGUGCCUGCGCGUGUGCCACAGGACGCACAGCCGGCGGAUGUAUCCCGCCAUGCCAUGGACUGCAUUGCAGCUGUGGAUAGACUAUUCGAGAGCUUUGGCAACAAGCCGGAUGCGCUCAUUGAGGAACUGCAGCUGGCAUUUGUUUUCUUUUUGGUUGGCUAUUCGGUGGAGUCCUUGGAUCACUGGCGCAAGCUGCUCGCCCUGCUGGCCCACUCGGAGACAGCCGUGGGCAAGCACAAGCUGGCCUUUAUGAAGUACAGUGAAGUGCUGGCCCACCAGCUGCCCCAUCUGCCCGAAGAGCUGAUGGCGCCCACCAUUCACAACACAGUCUACAAGGAUGUGCGCGAGCUCUUGGUGAAUCUCUAUGCUGGCGGUCUGAUGGUAAAUGCGGAGCGUCUGAUGAAGCGACUGGCCAAGGAGCUGGGCUGGCAUUUCGAUGGGCUACUCGACGAGGAUCCCGAGGAGCAGCCGGUGAUCAUAGAGCUGGCACAGUAAGGCGAAGAAAAUGGCCUCAGCGCAGCGAAUGCUGGGUGCGCAGAUAGUUCCAUAGAUCCCUGGCGGUGCGUAUGCUGACCAUAAACUGGCACAGCUUCGUUUCAAUCAGACAGAGUAUCAGGAACUUGGCACGCUUAUCCUUCAGCAGGGACUGCAAAGGGCGAACCUUAAUGCGAACACCAAAUUCGAGCUAAGCAUUUACCUCUUCGUUAUUCUCGGGUCCAUUCUCGACAACGCACCACAGAUCCUCGGACUCCAGAUAGGCGCGCACUGUCAUCGACCACGCUUUGUAAUUGUCCAGACCUUUGAGCUUCUCAAUUUGCAAUUGCAGCGACAUUUUGUCGAUGUUGUCGUCGUCUCCUCCAGCCCAGCGACUUUUUGCAAAUAAAUCGUUACGCCUUUCGGCUUGUCCACUUUCAA